CCUCGUGACUCCCGAGCAAAGUAUUCGCAGAAGCCGCAACUCGGCGAUGAGUCACCAUGGAGUCUCCAGCCCCUUCCAGCGCCCAGUGCGGCGGCCCCGGGGCUCCCCGCAGCGACUCCAGAUAAAGAGAAGUUCCCAGAAAUCCCAGGCAGAACCGAAAACGAAGAUCCCGCCUCGUCCCCUGCUCUAAGGCAAAGGGGACCUCCGAGGACCCUGGUUCAGGGGUCGGAGCUACGGAGGGAGGAGGCUGCCCUGCCCGCCUCGGACUCCACGCCUAGAGGCUCCCCCGGCCACUCUGGCUCCACGUCCAUGAGCCCGCCGGCGGCCUUGUCCACAGGGAAGCCCAUGGACAGCCACCCCAGCUACACGGACACCCCCGUGAGCGCUCCGCGGACCCUGAGUGCGGCGGGGACCCCCCUCAACGCCCUGGGCUCUCCGUACCGCGUCAUCGCAUCUGCCAUGGGCCCGCCCUCAGGAGCGCUGGCAGGUCCUCCGGGGGCCAGCCUGGUCGCCCCGCCCAGCUCCCAGCUCAAUGUGGUCAACGGAGUCAGCAUUUCAGAGGACAUCAAGCCCCUACCCGGGCUUCCCGGGAUCGGAAGCAUGAACUACCCGUCCACCAGCCCCGGGUCUCUGGUUAAACACAUCUGUGCCAUCUGUGGGGACAGGUCCUCAGGCAAGCACUACGGCGUGUACAGCUGCGAGGGCUGCAAGGGCUUCUUCAAGCGCACCAUCCGCAAGGACCUGCUGUACACCUGCCGGGACAACAAGGCCUGCCUGAUCGACAAGCGCCAGCGGAACCGCUGCCAGUACUGCCGCUACCAGAAGUGCCUGGUGAUGGGCAUGAAGCGCGAAGCUGUCCAGGAGGAGCGGCAGCGGGGCCGGGAGCGGGCGGAGAGCGAGGCGGAGUGUGCCGGUGCGGGCCACGAGGACAUGCCCGUGGAGAGGAUCCUGGAGGCCGAGCUGGCCGUGGAGCCAAAGACAGAGUCCUACGGCGACAUGACCGUGGAGAACUCGACGAAUGACCCCGUCACCAACAUCUGCCACGCGGCCGAUAAGCAGCUGUUCACCCUCGUCGAGUGGGCCAAGCGCAUCCCCCACUUCUCUGACCUCAGCUUGGAGGACCAGGUCAUCCUGCUCCGGGCAGGGUGGAACGAGCUUCUGAUCGCCUCCUUCUCCCACCGCUCGGUGUCCGUGCAGGACGGCAUCCUGCUGGCCACGGGUCUGCACGUCCACAGGAGCAGCGCCCACAGUGCAGGCGUGGGCUCCAUCUUCGACAGGGUCCUGACUGAGCUGGUCUCCAAAAUGAAAGACAUGCAGAUGGACAAGUCGGAGCUGGGGUGCCUGCGGGCCAUCGUGCUGUUCAACCCAGAUGCCAAGGGCCUGUCCAACCCCUCGGAGGUGGAGACCCUGCGGGAGAGGGUGUACGCCACCCUGGAGGCCUACACCAAGCGGAAGUACCCGGAUCAGCCAGGCAGGUUCGCCAAGCUGCUGCUGCGCCUGCCGGCCCUGCGCUCCAUCGGCCUCAAGUGCCUGGAGCACCUCUUCUUCUUCAAGCUCAUCGGGGACACGCCCAUCGACACCUUCCUCAUGGAGAUGCUGGAGACCCCGCUGCAGGUCACCUGAGCCCCCCGCCGCAGCCUGCUCCCGGAGAGCUCGGGGCAGGUGUGUGCGGGCCCCGCCCGGCCCACGUUCCUCCGCGGCCUCCCCCCGCCCCUUCCUGUUCUCAGAA